AUGGCACCGCCCGACGCUCACACCCUCACCCAGGAAGAUGCCGACAAGCUGCGCGCGGAGGCCCUCGCCUCCAAGUUCGACGAACUACCGACCGGCUACUAUCGCAGCGCCCGCGUCGUCGGCAGCUUCGUCGGCAUCGGCGUGACGCUGGUCGGCACGUACCUGGCCUUCGAGGCGUCGGCGGCCGCGGUGACGGGCAUCAACGCGGACAUCGGCCCCAGCGAGAACUCGAGUCUGUUCUCGACCGUCUGGAACGUCGGCCAGGCGAUCAGCAUGCUGGUGUUCGGGCGCCUGUCGGAUUGCUUUGGCCGGCGAAACUUCCUGCUCAGAGCCAACCUGCUGGGUAUCGUCGGCGCCAUUGUCGCCUGCACGGCGCAGACGAUGAACACCCUGAUCGGGGGACAGGUCCUGCUCGGUCUGGCGUCCGGUCCGCCGACGGCCUAUGCCCUGCUGACCGGCGAGCUCAUGAGCAACAAGACCAAGUUCCUCGGCACGUUGUGCGUGGUCAUGCCCAACAUCGUGUCCACCGGCUUCGGGGCGUACAUUGGCCAGAGACUAAAUGUGUAUGCCAAUUGGCGCUGGAUCUUCUACAUCUAUAUAAUCACCGUCGAUCGACUUCAUCGGCCUGUUUCUGCUCACCGCCGGGCUGGCGCUCUUCCUGCUAGGCGUGUCCUGGGGCGGCUCGCCUGCCCCGUGGAACUCGCCCAAGAUCCUGGGGCUGCUGAUUUCCCUCGCGGCAACCUGUGUCCUUUUCGUGCUGUACGAGUGCUUCGGCGAUGUCUCGCGGCCAAUCAUCCACAUGCGCCUGUUCCGCGACCUGCGCGGCUUCGCGUGUCUGACCGUCAUCGAGUCCGUCAUGGGCGUGAUGAACAUCGCGCUCUUCAUCAUGUACCCGCAGCAGAUCACGUAUAUCUUCGGGUCGACGAUCAGCGGCUGGGAGCAGACGUCGUGGAUGUCGUCGACGGCCGCAUUCGGCAUCUGGACGGGCAUUCUGCUGCUGGGCAGCGUGUUUCAAAUCGUGCGGCAACAGCGGUCGUUGCAUCAGCGCGGACAAUCUUCGGGUCGAUCUUCACUGCCGCCUUCGUCGCCGUCUACACGAACAAAGUCCCCGGAGAACUGCAGUCGAAGCUCGUCCCUGCGGCACUGUCAGCCGGACUUCCGCAGUCAUCUAUCUCAGCCCUUCUCCAGGCCGUCGCGACAGGCAGUCCGCAGGCAAUCGAGGCCGUGCCGGGGAUGACACACGACAUGCUCCCUGUCGUGACGGACGCCGUGGCCAACAGCUACGCGGCGGCGUACUCGUACGUGUACUACUUCGCCGUCGCGCUGGGCUGCGUGUCGAUCAUCGCGGCUGCCUGUUCGCGCGAUUUUGAUCGCUAUCUCACCGACCAUGUGCCGUAUCAGAUCUAUCGUAAGACGGACACGGAGGUUGAUCCGCUGGAGGGGAUGGUUGAUAGCCAGACUACGUCUGCUCAAGAGCCUGAGAAGAGUGGCGAUGAGAAUGGUGCGGAGGUGAAGGCUUAA